GCUUUAAGGGGAACUCUGCCCUCCAGGGGGCGGUGCCCAGAGGGGAGGGAGGCCAGAGGAGCCUUGUUGUUCAGAUUUCUCAGCUGCGUCUCCCCUGUGCACUUUCCCUCCCUCUGGGCCGGCGGACGUCGGAACCAGGGACAGACACCAGUUUCCAAGCUCUGCCUGGAAGAAGCCCGACCACUCCCAGCGCGAUAACCAGCACCAUGGCCAUGACUCUGGGUUACUGGGACAUCCGCGGGCUGGCUCACGCCAUCCGCCUGCUGCUGGAGUACACAGACUCCAGCUACGAGGAGAAGAGGUACCCGAUGGGGGACGCUCCCGACUUCGACAGAAGCCAGUGGCUGAAUGAGAAGUUCAAGCUGGGCCUGGACUUCCCCAAUCUGCCCUACUUGAUUGACGGGGCUCACAAGGUCACCCAGAGCAAUGCCAUCCUUCGCUACAUCGCUCGCAAGCACAACCUCUGUGGGGAGACGGAAGAGGAGAAGAUUCGCAUGGACAUUUUGGAGAACGAGAUCAUGGACAUCCGAAUGCACCAAGGCAGGAUAUGCUACAGUCCUGACUUUGAGAAACUGAAGCCUGAGUACCUGAAGGUGCUGCCUGAGAAGGUGAAGCUCUUCUCCCAGUUUCUGGGGAAGAGGGCCUGGUGGGCCGGGGACAAGCUCACCUACGUGGACUUCCUGGCGUACGACAUGCUGGAUGUCCUGCGCAGGUUCGAGCCCAAGUGCCUGGAUGCGUUCCCAAACCUGAAGGACUUCCUGGUUCGCUUUGAGGGCCUGAAGAAGAUCUCUGCCUACAUGAAGUCCAGCCGCUUCCUGCCGACCCCUCUGUACUCCAAGUUGGCCGCGUGGGGCAACAAGUAGGGCCUUCCUUGCAGCUCUGCGAACCGUCUGUCCCGGUGUGCAGUGAACUGGUUGUCUGAUCGGGUGUGGAGCUCCACAACGCAGACCUUCAGACCGCCGAUGGAGCUGCUCAGCCUCUGGGAUCCCGCCCUGCUGGCGGGAAAGGUGAUGCAAGUGCGACAUGAGUCACUUAAUAAAGUUUUAUUUUUCAAAAUGUA